AACAUCUGCAGCCAGGACAAAAAUUUUCAUUGAAAUUUCUGCUCUGAUUAUACAAUGGCCUUCGGUGCUGGCAAAUCAAGACCAGUACCAAGCAUUUUUCUUUUUAUACUCAGCAUUACAAUUGGUCGCUUACAGCAUUGCAACAUGAUGUAACCGAAGGGUGCAAUGCAGGCAUUUUUAUCAAAGAUUUGCGGGAAUCAGAAGACAAUAAUUAAUCCUUUAUUUUUCUCGUUCUCAUUAAAGUCCACCUUCUGCAUAUCAGAGCAAAUAUGUAUUGGUAUAGUAAAGGUGCAUUAUGUCAGGGGCUUGCCUUUAAUUACUCCGUACCGUAUCGAGCUGUUAAGCUCGGAAAGAAGGUAAAACUAACUUGUGUCUUUGCACCUCCUGCACAAACGCAAAAGUUUGAUGUCAAGUGGUAUAAAUUUGAUGAAGAGCCCAUUGAAGCGCGCGAGAUAGCGGGAGUAACAACCGGAAAUGGCGGCACACUUUCUUGGCUUUUCAUCAGGAAUGCAUCAAAAAUUCAUUCUGGGAUUUACUACUGCAAUUCGUCAUUGCAGACCCAUUCAGAUUCUCGGUGUGGUACAGAAAUUAAUGUGAUAACAAGAACCUUCGCUAAAGACGAUCGAGAUACUAUGUACACAAUGAAGGACAUGUUGAUUUUAAUUCAAGGUAUACUGCUGAUCCUAUGUCUCACGUUGCCAGGAAUGUUAUUUCUUAAAAACAAUCGAACAAAGAAGACUGAAGAAAUAGAGACAUACCAUAUGUAUGAGGGUUUGGAAGUUAUGCAGACAGCAAUGUAUGAAGAUAUUGGCAAUAUCAGACCAACAGAUGCUAAAUGGACAGUUGGCGAGCAACCUAAGGAAUAAAUUCCACAGUUAUCUCAUUGCUCAUUUGCAUUACAAACCCAUAACAAUGUUCCCAUGAAGAAUAUUUUCAAAAAAAUCCUAUUACUGCUAUAAGAAUCAACUUGAAGCAAAUGGUCAAGGUGGCUUACAGAAGUGAUUUUUGGUUCCCAGUUGACACUUCAGUCAAGUCUAAAUGUAUGAGGCAGCAACAUUAAAAGCCCUAACUUUUGCAGAUCACCCAUUGCCUAUCCACAAGCAUGUAUAAACUGUUUUGUUUGCCUUUGUACUUUAACAUUGGGAAGAUUUAAUUGAGUCUUAAUUAUGUGAAGAGGCUACUAAAUGUUGGAGAUAUCUAUUGCUGAUUUGUAGGGAAAUUGUCUGCACAAUUUAAUCGAGCGAUUGAUAUAUUUCAUCAAUUUAGAGCUGUUUACUAACCACAUUACAUGUAGCAUAAUGGAUGGUCAGGAAAAUUAUUGAUAUGUGCACAGUUAUUUGUAAUUGGUGCGUAUACCAUCCAAAAUAAUGAAGGGUACAACACCAGUUAAAGGUUUUAUCCUUUUGAUAGCUCUUAUUUUGUCAGCUGAGUGUAAAGUCAUCUAUUACAUCAAGAUGAGAUAAUGUGCAUAAUGGAGGAGACUACAGGUAUUGGUAAUAAGGGAAAAUAUCUUUCUUUUUCCAGAGAUCAAAAAUUAGGGAAAAUUAACAAUUAACCUGAUAUAAUUUGUACAAAUUUUCACCUGAUGUGAGGCACGUUUAUAAGGACUUUUUAAAGGGUUGAUGUGAUUCCAUAGACAAUAUGGGACACUGAGUGGUUUGUCAAAGUCAUCUUAAGCUGAAGACAUUACUGAAAAAACACACUCCAACCACACAGCAAUCUGUGCUUUUCUGUAAAUUAAACAGCAUUACAGGCUAUACAGAGUUGUUUCUUUUCUGGUACUUUGUUGACUUCUAAUUAUUUUUCUAUCACGUGGUCACAGAUGUCAGUUUUUAGUGACAAAAUCAAAUGAUUCAUCCAAUAAUGAUAUGGUACGAACUGAUUUUCAUCAAUGAUGCUGGGAUAUGUUUUAAGGAAAUUUGACCAUGUAUAUAUUGUACAAAUAAUUGAUUGAGAAUCUUGCUAUUAUUACUAACAAUGUGCUAAUUAAAAAUAUAUGUAUGCUUGAAAUUAACAACAUCUGUGUUCACCUCCAUCCUUUAGAAUUCAAGGGAAAAAUGUAAAUUCAGGGAGUUUGUUGAAUUGUUCUGUACUUAGAAUCUGUGAUAACUUACCUGCUUUUAAGUUCUCUUCAUCAAAGGGUAUCUGUAUGUAGCCUAAUUAUAAAUGAUUGAAAACCAUUUCAUGCUU